UUCUGUGGGCUCAAAUAUAAAUGCACCACAAAAUAAAAUGGAGGAAAACGUUCAUAUUAUUUCAAGAGAGGAUUUCCAGGAUGCUGAAGAAAGAUACAUCAAGGAAGUUUCACUUGGGGAAGUAAAACCAAAUACUCAAUUCCACUAUGGAUACUGUUUGAUUUAUAGUCAAAACAAAAGCGAUAUUACUAAAGGACUUCGUCUAUUACAAGAUUUGUGUCAUAGUGGUACAGACCAAAGAGACUACCUGUACUACCUUGCAGAGGGCAACUACAGACUUAGUGAAUACAACACAGCUUUGAAAUACACACAUAGAAUAUUACAGAUUGAGCCUACAAAUAGACAAGCUUUGGAUUUGGAUGAGAAAAUACGAAAAAAAAUGCAAAAAGAUGGCUUGAUUGGUCUAGGGAUAGUUGGAACAGCAGUGGUUGUUGGUGGAGCUGCAGCAAUUCUUGGUUUUGUUGCUAGCCGGUUCAAGAAAUAGAACACUUAAAAAGUUAACUGCUUAUGAUGAUAAAACCUAUGAUGUAACUUCUUGAAUUGAACAUGAACAUUAAUUGUGUUAUAACUUGAUAUAAUUUAAUGUGGGUGUGCAUUAGAGCAGAAUGCUUACACUUAGACUAAUCCAUAAGUUUUAGUUUUCUCUACUCAGAUUGUUAACAUAAGAAAUAUACUAAGCAUUUCAAUGGACAAUUACAGGAUAAACGCCAGUAAUUCAAUGUUCAAAAUUCAAUGAUUAAUAGCACUGKUGACUUUUGUUCACUUUGCAUUUUGGUCAAUAUACUGGUAACCAUAAAUGAUACUCCUAAAUGUAACCUUCCCCYUCUUCUGUUAAUUUGGAUUUCCUUAAUUGCUUGCAUUUUGUUUAUUUUUAUUUUGCACUCUCUUAUCUGUUAUCAAGGAAGGGGCAAGGCAUUGGAAGUGUGUAAUUUUCUUCCAGUUUGGAAAGAAAGUAUUUAAAAAUACAUUUUAAAGUGUAGAUAAAAAUGGAAUAUGUUUUAUAAGGAAACUAAUUAAAUKAGUAGAAUGCUCAAUAUAGUGGCUUGUUAGAAAAGUCAAAAUACACUACCUGUGUUUCUUAAAAUAAUAUUUGAGCAGUAAUUGCCCUAUUGCAUAAAUUGUGUUUCUUUGUGUUUACAGUGUAGUAUAAAUGCACUGAAAACGCUCUAGAAAUUCCUAAUUAAUGAUUACUUGCCUGUGUGUAAGUAAGAAAUUAAAAAAAAAACCUUUUGCUGUUCUAGACAGGGGCGGAUCCAGCAUUUUAUAAGGGUGGGGUGCUUUUGUCAAUAAUAUAUAGCUGAAAACUAAGUAUAGCAAUGAAACUUUUUUUGUUGUUAGCUCCGCGAUUAUUGUCUAGAGCAAGAAAAUUAUGCACAGUUUGACUGGAAGCAAAUUGGCUUUUAUUUCAGAGCGUCUUUACACUACUUAAAUAGAUUGUUAAGUAGCAUAGUGSCAGACAUGUUGUGUAUGCUGCUCAUUUUCUCAAUAAAAGUAUUCAACAGGAGUAUAAACAGCAGAAAAAAACGUUUAUACCGAUAUAUGAAAAAUAACGUCGUCCAAAAAGGGGGGUUGCGUCCACACCCAAAGCCUGGAUCCGCCACUGCUAGAGAUUCAAUCUGUGUUUCUUAAGCCAGUUUUUCACAUUUUUGUCAUUUCUUAGUAGUACCUCUGUCGACCAUAUUCUAUAAGUAACAGUUUAUUUUGAUAUGAUAUCAUUGUGCGAUCGUUUUGUUGUAAUAAUUAUGUUAUUCACCUCA